AUGGCGGAAUGUCGAUCUAUGACGGUGGCAAGGUCUACAUCACGAGAAACCAGAACUCAUUUUAAAGUCAUAACUUAUAUGCUGGAGUCUGGCACCAAACUUCAGAUGGACUCUGUUCCCAUGGCAACUGCUUGUCUAAUUUAUCACCGUUUCUUCAAGGAGUGUUUGUUGGAAAACCACGAUCCUUACCUCAUAGCAUCGUCAUCUAUAUAUCUUGCUGCUAAAGUAUGUGAACAACAAAUCCGACUGCGAGAUAUACUCAAUGUUUGCUAUAGGACAUUGCAUACAGACAGGCCUCCACUGGAAAUCAACGAUGAGUACUGGGAGCUGAGGGAAAGCCUCGCCAACUGUGAACUACUAAUGUUAAGAGUUCUGAAAUUUCAAAUAGCAUUUGAGCUACCUCAUAAAUAUUUACUUCAUUAUCUGGUUUCACUGAAAGACUGGCUGAGUCCUUCAGUGUGGGCGGAUACACCGAUUGCCAAAACUGCCUGGGCGUUGUUACGCGACAGUUAUCACAGUGAUUUGUGUCUUAGAGUGAAGCCGCAACAUCUUGCUGUGACCGUACUUUAUUUUUCACUACAAUGCAAUGGUGUUGGAGUUCCUUUCAAUGACGAUGCUGACAAACAGUGGUGGCAGGUAUUUUGCGAAGACAUCGUGGAAAGUAAAAUUCAAUCUAUCAUAGUUGAACUUAUUAACAUGUAUGCUAUGGAAAUGAAUGUGUGACCUGAUAUGGAAAUACUAAGACUCCAGUACAUGUAGUCCACACACAAUUAUGUGAUAUUUUGAGACAUUGUAUGUUUACAUCAUUUUUGAAAUGUAUAAGAAGUCAAAAUUUGUGUUCAUCUCAGUUUUUCAGCCUUUCUCUGCGUUGAAUGACAUAGUUGUGUAAUAUUUCCAGCUCGAAGAACUGUCAAUCAGGAGUUGAUUAGUCUAGAAUGUUCCUUGCGCUGUUUGGCAUUGCGAAUGCAUUCCACUCCACUAAUGCCUAGGUACAAUGCUAGUGAUAUCUCAUUACAAUUUCAAUUUAUGCUUAAUGUCACACACCAUCGGAUAUCCAGAGCUUACUUUCUGAGGCGAGUGAUCACUGUACUCCACUAUCAAGACCCAGGAAAUUGAGGUAAUCCAUAUAACUUUGAAGAUAUUUUAAUUCAAUUUUAAUACUCAUUGGCCAGUUUAAAUAUAGCGCCAUUGCGGUUCUACAUGACUAUGAUUUUCAGAUGAUUG